GAUUGCUGUCAGAUUCGACUAGUAAGGUCGUAAUUGCGACUAGAUUCGUUCACGGAUGAACUCAGAUCAAUUGCGAUCAGAUUUGUUCACGGAUGAGCUCAUGAUCCGAGUAUAAUGGCAGUAUGCUCUUGGUCUAGUGAAAUGGAGAGGGCAUCGAACAAACCGUGUUUGAUUUUGAAGUCCUGUCCUUCCACGGUGAAAUGCCAUCAGCUGAUGGGGAAGGAGAGGAGCGACUGAAGAACAGUUCCGUCCAGACGACGACUCGGAGGUGUUUGGUUCUUGGGGAUCGCGACAGAAGAGAGGGGCAAGGGUGAGAAAGGGGAGGGAAGAAAAAAAAAUCAUAAUUGGCAGGAGUAGCAGUAGUACUAGUGGGUUUAAUUUUUGAAUCACCAGUUCGCUUGGUUUUAAUUUUUAAUUUUUGAAUCACCAGUUCGCUUGGAGCUUAGGUCAGCCUCUUACCCGUAUACCUAGCCUCCUGAUGAGUUGGUGAAACUCCGACGAAACAGUUUGUCACAGCCCCUCGUUUGUUGUCCUCUUCUCUCUCUCUGCCCACGGUUUACCGAGCAGUUCUGUUUGUGACGAUAUAUAUAUAUUCUUCGGCCUACUGGACAGCCUACUGGACCUAAGGGGGGGGGGGGUACUGGGGUGUGUGCAGAACUCCAAGUACCCCAACUUUGGUGAUUUUUUUUAAAACAAUUCUGUAAGAAUUUAGCGCUUCGGGGCCUCGGGCUACCGGACCCAAGAGGGGUAUAUGGGGGGUGUGGAAGUACCCCAUCUUCGGCAAUUUUUUCUUUUUUUUCUGUGAGAACAUAUGGAUUCGGCAUACCGGACCCAAGAGGGGUACCGGGGGGUGUGCAUGAUUCCGUGACAAAAGUUCCUUUCAAAAAAAAAAAAAAAAAAAAGUUCAGGGGUGCUGCUUAGGUAGUCUGCAUAAGGGGGAAAAAAAAAUUUCAACAGCAAUAAAAAAAAGUGUUUUUGCCCAUUUAAAAACGUAUACGACAAAACUGAAGAAAAUCUGAAAGUGUAUUCUGAUGAGAGUGGGUGUGACCUGGUAGGACUGAUGUUUCAGGCUCGGCGUGUGGAUGGUUCGUACGUUUACGCGCCUUGGGAAAUCAUGGUGGUUUUAAGUAGAUUUUGUUCUUUUUUGGAGUAUUUUUUCUUCGCAUUUUGUGAAGCCAUGGGAAGUAAGAAGGUGGAAUGGCAGAAGCACGGUGUGGUAGAGUACCGGUGUAUGGUGUUACGUGUUUUUUUUUUUUUGGUGUUUCGUCGCUGGAUCGUAUAUAAAAAUAUAUCGAUGCAGAGAAGAAGACUUUAAUUAGCAUUAAAUUUUGGACUAGUACCUGGGGCAGAUAUCAUUGGAUUGUUCACGUUAAUUUCCGUGAACAUUCAGAGGUCAUCGUGAUGGAAAGAAAGAGCAUGCGGCUCUUCGGGAGGAGGAGGUGGUGAGAUGUAAUCAAUCCACUGUGGUGUGGAAGGAGAACUUCAAUGUGUGGUAGUACAGUGUCGUUCAUGUUCAGCUUGCCUCUCUGAAUCUCAAUGUACUUUGAUGCAGACUUUGCUGACUAGCAUUAGGACAACCUGUGGCUGUCGUUGGCGGGAGUGUUCACAUUAAUUUAGCAGCUGUGAGUGUCUGCGGAGAUGACAGAGUUAUAGAGAGACGGGAAGUUUCCGCGGAACUUUCAGGGAAGACUCGUGGUUCGAUCGCUCGGUAGUACGUUGGUACCAGGAGGACAUCCAGUGGCCUUAGCUCAAUUGGAUAGGCGCGCAAGUGGCAUUCAGGAAGUCCUGGGGUUGGGGGUUCAAUCCCCAUGGCCAUCUGCGCUAUGCUUGGUGCCAACCAACUAUCGUCGCCACCCGAAUAGAACGCCGGGUUAUUAUAGCCGUAUUUGGUGCAAUUUUCAGUCCAGAUACGAUAUACAACGACCGGGCGCUCUAUUCGGGUGAAGACGGUAGUACAGUGCCACGUGUGUUUUGCUUCUCUGAGUCUUCAGAGGAUGAUGCUGGUUCAUACACUUUGAUGCGGGGACUUGGAUUUGCACUUGGACUACCUGCGGCCGUCACGGAUAAAAUCACAUUAGUAUCCGUGAACAUUCAGAGAUGAUAGACAGAUGGGAAGUCUCUGCGAAUCUUCCGCGACAAUGGGCCUCGCUGCACGGCUCUCGAAAGGUGCAAAACGAGAGGGAAUCUUCCGCUAAAACAUGGAAAGAUACAGCGACAUGAUUUUUGUCUUUUGUGCAUUUCAAGAGUAGUGCAGCGAGGCCCAAUGACAUUGGAUGGAAAUGAUAGCUCCGUUCUAGGGGAGGAGGAGGUGGUGAGAGGAUGCGAUCCGUUGUGGGGAACGGACAAUGCGCGGUAGUACGGUGGUACGUUUUGCUUCUCUGCAUAUCAUGCCCCUUUUCUGAUGCAGACUUUGCCUGCGAGUGUUAUCUGAUCGUUCACGUGAGUCGUCUGUGAAUGUUCAGAGAUGUCAGGUGAGAAGUAUACCGUGCGACGUUCUGUCAAAGUCGGCGGACGGAACGAUCACUCGUUCUCGGGGAGGAGGAGAUGGAAGACUCUGAAGAGGUUGCGGCGGUCCGUUGCGCCGGUCCGUUCUGCUGAUGACGAUGAUGUUGAUGAUGAUGACGAGGCGGCAGCGGCGGCGGAGGAGGAGGAGGCCGGUAUGAGGAAAGUGAUGGUGACGAUGAGCUUCUAUGUGUAGCCAUUGCAGAGCACAUUCCUUGCUAUCCUUUUCUUUUUUUUUUCCCUUGUUAAUAUCGUUGUGGCCCGAUGGUCCACGGAUCAGAUAUUAAACUGAUCAGAACAGAUACAGUGCAUUUUAUGAAUUUUUAUCUAUUCUUAGCCAAACGGCCGAGAAAGCAAACAAAUCUGACAAUACUGAUGAUAAAUUGCAGCAAACAAG